GGUAAUUCUCCCUCCCAAGAGCAUGGGUUAGCCAGCAAGGUAAUUCUCCCUCCCAAAAGUAUGCAAGUGAACACUAAUUAGGUUACCCCAAAAGCUAAAAUAUAGGACACCCCUCCUUGUUAGCACCCAGUGGUCUGCCCUGGAACAUUCUUAAGGUGCUUCGGCUCCCCGGGGACUCGUUUGGCCGAAACAUCUAAGGCAGACAACAUGGACAUCAGUAUCAUUAAAGAUGCUAAAGGCGCGUCCCUGACAACAGCCAAUCAGGACAACCUCGGAUAUGAAGGAAAGGAUGCAUCUCGACAACUGGCAAUGACUGAUUUGGAAAGAAUGAGGACAUACAAGAAUAUGAUCACAGUCGUGGGACAGGAGCUUGGGAUCGACCCAGCGCUCAUCGCAGGGAUCAUCUCCAGAGAAUCACGGGCUGGAAACGCUCUACAGAAUGGCUGGGGAGAUCAUGGCAGAGCUUGGGGGCUGAUGCAGGUUGAUGUGACUCCAAAUGGAGGAGGACACACAAGGGUGGGAGAUUGGGACAGUGUGGAGCAUGUGCGUCAGGCCACAGGGAUCCUCAUCUAUUUUAUUGGACGCAUUCGUGGGAAAUUUCCAACCUGGACAGAAGCGCAGCAUCUUAAAGGAGCAAUUGCUGCAUACAAUAUGGGAGACGGGAACGUCAAGAGCUAUGAAGAGGUGGAUAAAUACACAACCGGUCAAGACUACUCCAACGAUGUAGUGAUCAGGGCUCAGUGGUUCAAAGAAAAUCUUUUUUGUUAAUGUGGAUCAAUCAUAGACUGUAUAUAUAAAUUGACAUAACUACUGCACUAGCCAGCGUGUUCCAAAUAAAAAGUGAGCACAUGCAUGUUUCCGGCUCCAUUGAUUCACUUUACAUUGAAAAAUUGUGUCCCCUCUCUCUGUAACUGCUGCUUUCAGACUUGUCAUUUUGGUCUUAAAUGUUCGUAUUAACCCACUCUACAUGAUCAUGGUGUUUUUAUUUCACUAUUGUGUCUGUAAAUCAAGAUAUGAACAUUAAUAACAGACAAAUCAGACUCCUUUUCCUGAGGUGGCUCCCGUGAGUAUAAACAGGUUUGAUUGACAGCAUUGCUAAGUGCCUGCUCCCUUCUCCAGAUUGGCUCUUUGGUUGCUAUGAUACUCGUGGUCAGAAUUCCAAAUAUGGGACUCUGUUCUAAAUUGGCCCCUAAAACGGCUAACCU